AUGAACAUGCAGUUGAUUUUGGGUUUAAAGUUGCUCGCUGAGAAACUUGUUGUAACUUACAAUGAGUCUAUAGUCAACUUUCAUCCACAGUUAGAAAUUUAUUCGAAUGACAGCUAUUCCUUUGGAUUCAAUGCAACUUUACUCCAGAAACUCGACAAUUUCUACAUACAAGUUUUGAUUAACUUUGCUGAUGUGAAUGGAAAUUAUGAGCCUUUCCUCAGAAAAGUUGUUUCUGAUAUGUGUCAUUUUUAUAAAAAUCAGAGAGGAAACAAAAUUCUUAGAAAUUUUUACAACAGCAAUUAUGCUGAAAGAAAAUUCCCUGAAACUUGUCCAAUCCUUCCAGUUUUCCUGCAACUUCAUGAAGCAUUAAAGUUGGUCAUAAGUUACCAAAAUAAUGAAAGCAAAUUUGAGCAAAUCAAAAUCUUGUCUUGA